CAUUUCACAUUAAAAGUUGACCUUGUCAUUGGUCCGGUGCCAGUGAUAUGUUUUGUUUGCAAGUCGUCCUGAUUUGGUAAACAUUCGACCCAAUUUCUAUGUACAUCCGUAUCUGAAAGUGUGUCAAACUGUAAAUAAUCCAGCCUUUUGCCAGGAAAACUGAGCUAAAACAAUAUGUCUCCACCUGCAAACCAACGAGAGACAUAACAAGUGACCAAAUGACAUGUCGUGCAUCGACCCCAAGAGCAUUAUUUGAAGGUUUGGAUGAAAAUGAUUUAACGAUGUUGUAACGAUUUUUUAUAAUACUAACUCCAUUUGAACCAUGUUUUUAAGAACUAACAUCACGUGUUUUAUAUUUUAUUUUAGCCGUUUCAAAAUAGAUGAUUUGUCGUUUGGCGUAGUAAUAUUGACGGAAAAGCACAAGUUGUGGUGGCAGGGUUAUUUAAGCCAGAAACAAUGACGUACAACGUGCUGCUCGAGGAUAUUGUGCGGCAGACGGGCGGCUGCGGUCUCUACCAAUGGCUCCUCUGUCUCAUCGUCCACACAGGAAAGACCAUCUCUUCGUGGAGCUUGAUCGCCAUGACGUUCAUCGGACAGGACCCGGGUUUCCGGUGUCUUGACGGAGCGGUGCGUAAUGAAUCAGGACAGGGGUAUGGACAAAGGAACACAACAGGAGGGGAAGGGUUUUACGACAGCCAGUGUGAAUUAGACAACACCACUAGCUUAGCUUCCUACAACUAUGAUCCAAGAAUGGUUACCAUUGUUUCAGAGUACGAUCUUGUCUGUGGCCGGAAGUGGAUUCCAGCCAUGAUCACUACGAUUCAGAUGGGAGGCGUAUUAGUUGGUUGUCUUAUUUCCGGCCAGUUUGCAGAUACAUACGGACGGAAACCCACAUUUUUUGUGUCCGUAUUUUUAAUCAGUGCAUUUAAUUUGUCGGGAUAUUUCUCCGUCAACUGGGAAAUGUACACCGGCAUGAGGUUUCUGAUUGGGGUCGCGGUAGGCGCUUAUGUGACCGUCCAAUACAGCUUGAUGAAUGAGUUUGCCACGGUGAAGUGGCGCCCGGUUAUCGUGGUCACACCCUCCUUUUCCAUACAGGCGAGUCUGUUUGCACUCCUGGCUUGGAUGGUCCACGACUGGCGAAAAAUCCAUCUCGCCACCGUCAUUGUGGGCAUACCCUACUUAUUCUCCUGGUGGUUUAUGCCAGAGAGUUUCCGCUGGCUGGUUACACGCGGUCGGUACAAGGAAGCGGAGACCGUGAUAUAUAAGAUAGCACGCGUGAAUCGGAAGCCCGUACCGGACCUUACGAAGGUAAUGGAUGCGGCUCGAAUGGAGGAAACAAAGGAAAGCCGACUCCGAAGAUACACAUGCCUUGAUCUCUUCCGGUCCCGGGACAGCUUGAAGACCACCGUCGGUCUACUUAUUGUUUGGUUUUCUACGAAUUUUGGUUACAUCGGGAUCACAUUCGGAAUUCGGAGCCUGUCGGGGGAUUUGUAUAUGAACAUGUUCCUGGUCAACAUCGUGGAGGCGCCCGUCCAGAUCAUAGUCGCUCUCCUUGUCAACUGUUUCGGUCGGAAGAAGACGUGCAUGAUAUUCUACAGUUUGGCGGGCAUGAGUGGAAUAGCGGUGGGAGUCCUGCAAUAUGCCGAUUCACCGUUAAGCGGUACGGUGACUAACGUGAUAGCGCUGGUGGCCAAAAUUGGCGUGGCGUCGGCCUUGCAGUCUCUGAUGCUCUUCACUUCUGAGAUCUACCCCACAGUCGUCAGAACUAUAGCGUACAGUGUCCAUUCUAUGGCUGCCAGGGCGGGAAGUAUGGUGGCGCCACAGGUGGUGUUCCUGGACGAAGCGCAGCCCGGCCUGUUGUACUUUGUGAGUGGCAUACUGAUGAUAUUGUCUGCCUUUAUCAUGAUCAUCUUCCGGGAGACCAAGGGACUAGAGCUGCAAGAUACGCUGGAGGAAAUUAUCGAUGAGGGCGGUCUGGACGUCAACGUCACAGUUGGAAAUGGCGGUGGAAUUAACAACGACGGCCAGUACGACAGGAUGUCAGUGGAUGCCCGGAACGCAAACGGCAUUCACGAGGAUAAUCAAGCAAGUGUGGCCUCUAUAGUAUGAGGUUUUUUUAACUGUGGCCUCUACAGUAUGAGAUUUUUCAAGUGUGAUCAUUACCGUAGGAGGUUUUUCAAGUGUGGGCAUUACCGUAUCAGGUUUUUCAAGUGUGACCUCUACCGUAUGGGGUUUUUCAA